AUUUAUCCAGGAGAUACAGAACCUCGGUAUGUGUCUAAUUGCUAUUCUUGAUGUCUUUUUCCCUACACCCUAUACCUUCCUAUCCUAACUAUGCGCUGCUCUGUUCUUGUAUAGUACGCCAUGGGCUUUCCGGCAAUUUAUUUGUUUGGCAAGGUUAGCAGAAACUAGUCAGUUGCCUAUUGCCCCAUCAAUAUCUGGUUGUACCUCCCAUGGGUGUUUCCAUGAGGGACCUUGCCAGUCAGUUUGAUAGCGGCGUACCACGAUUGAGUUCUGGAAAGGUUGUCCACAAGACCAGCAUCGACCAUGAUAUGUUUCUUCCACCUGAAGAACCGUAUGACGGAGAUUUCUUGACCUUGAAACCGAAUAUACUGCGGGGGAAAUCUUCUUUUUCCAUCCUCAAGAUCUUCCUACAGCACUUUGUUUUUCUGUCCGCCAACAAUUUACUCAGCCAAUCGCAAAUCCACGAAAUUGUUGAAUACACUGUCGAGAAAGGCGGCAUGGACGUCCUCCUAUUCAUCUGUUGUCUUCCGUCCCCGCUGAUAGCGGUGUUCGUGGGCAAGGAAGCUUUUCCAAAAUGCUCUCCUAUUUGGAACUAUAUACCUUAGUAAUCGAAAGUUCAUACAAUGCGGGUUCUGGCUACAGACUGAUACUCCCUCUCGACACCAAAUUCGGACUAAGUAUCUAUGCGAAGCG